AUGGACAACCGGCGGGUGUUUUCGCAACUGAAUAGCCGGCGGUCGUCGCUGCUGGGGCUCUUCUCCACCGUUAAGCGGAUCUUCAGUCGGCUGGGAUCGGUAGAGCCCCAGGCGGACCCGGCCCCGCCCACCACCACCGAAGCGCAAUCAUCAACGAGACGCUACUCGGCGCUGACCUCCCACAUCUACCCCUCAAAACCCCAAGUGGAAACCGUGCCGGGCACGUUUGACACCACCCCCCGCAAACGUAAACACCCCGAAGGCAGCUUGCCCCUCCCUUCAUCGGCGAAGCGGGCUCAUCGGAUAUCGCUGUCGACGGUGUUGGGUACGCCCCGAACGACGGUGUUAUCGCGCCGACCUCUGCAAGUGCUGACUCCCGAUUAUACCCCGCAGUACCACAAUGUCUCGAACACGCUGAUGGGGCUGGUGCGGCGGGUGUACCAGUUCCUGGGGUUACCGCUGCCCUAUCAGACGCGUAUUCGUCCGCCUAAGUCGCUGAAAGUAACCAAACGGCCUCACGACGUGUCGAGAGGCACUUUGGCUCUGGCUAACCUGACUUUCGAUGCCCUGAUGCUCUCGCACCUGGUGCUUGCAAACAAACCUCUGGGGCCCAAGUCCAAAACGUAUAAGGCGUUGGAGUCGAUUUUGGACUCUCAAGGCUCGUCUGACCCGUUGGCCCAAUCGCUGCCGAUGCGCCUCAAUAACUCUGCUACAGCCCCUACCGCCAAAUCUAAUGGGUUCGGCAAUCCUCACGCCGCUCAUGGUGGAGCUCGUCGUAAGAUUUCGGCCGCUGACGUCGCUAAGUCUCAACCGGCAACGCAACCACUGACGAUGAAGACACAACCAUCGACGACGCAGCAACAGCCAACCCAACCGCUGCCGCUUCCCUCUACUGCUCAGAAUGAGUCAAGUAAGGCGACUAGCCUGCUGCUGCUGCAGUUCAACUUCGGCCCCAUCCAAUCGGUGCCAUUGCAUUCGAAUGCCCUGGAGGCAAAUCCCAAGCCAGCUUCGGUGGCAUCUGCUCCUUCUUUCGCCGCCCAGAAGAGUAAUGGCAGUACUGCUGAGAAACCCGCUGGGUUGUCAUUUGCCUCGAGCACUGCGUCUGCCUCUGCUGCUCCUUCUAAGCCUGCCGCCCCCAAUUUUUCAUUUGCUCUGCUGACGACAUCAUCUUCAAACAGCACAACUCAACCGAAGCCGGCGACCUCGCUUUUCGGUAAUACGGGCAAGGCCAACGAGCCGGUGGCAUCGGUGUUCCCGUCAACGGCGAAGGCCGCUUCCCCCAAACAAUCACCACCUCAACCAGCAUUUUCGAUGGGCGCGGCUAACGGGAAGCCUGCUGCUGCUGCUGCCCCGUCGGCGCCCCAAUCAGCCACCCUGGCGGCUGGCCUUACCACCUCUGCCGCGACGCAGUUCAGCUUCAACAUCCCGAAAAUCUCGGCCGAAAUCGACGAAAACGCGGUAGCAUCGGCGCCCCAGUAUGGUUUCCCCAUCAAAUCAUCUGAUACCAGCAUCUAA